AGAUUUUGAACUCAGGUCAGAUGGAAAAAGAGAACGUACCGUUCCAAUCAUUGCUCGUGCUAGAUGACGGGCCGACAUCUGUCUUUAUAUAUGUUUGCAUUCAACUACUCGUGCUUAAAUUCUUGGCAAGCCCAAAAGGAUGGAGAAACCGACCAAGCGGUACAAGGAUGAAAGGAAACGGCUAAGCACUCGCUAGCCCCAAGUAGUAUCACCAUUUGCGCUUGAAUUACAUUCUACAACAGUUUAACCCAACUUGUCGGUGAAUACACGCAUUGUCGUCACUUCGCAUAUGCUUGAUGACAUGAUAAUGUCUGAUCGAUGCACGUGUACGGCAAGCACUCCAGUUCUAUACUGGUCAACUGGCUACCCAAGACUUGCACAACACAAAGCGGCGUGGAUCGAGGGCAAGUAUGUAUGGUCAAACAUGCUUCAUCACAUAUAAAAGAGCUCCAGAAGCAACAAAGACAUCACUUGAGCCAUUCUGAUCUUUAACCAGUGUGAAAGAGGGAAGAAAGCUGUUACAGGAUUGCACAUUUCUGUCGUUCAAUUAUUUGAAGCGCUUUUUUCGCUGAGCGUAUUCCGGACAUAGCAACGAAGUCAAAAGAGCUGAAGUGAUGGAGAGGGUGAAUAUGAGAUUGGUGCUGUUGCUUUGCACUACUUCAUUCAUCUCUGUGGCCCAAGCCUCGAAAAUUUGGGAUGACUUCUACGUCAAUUUUGGUGACUGGAAUGUCAACUACAGCAACGAUAAUGCUGACAGUGGGAACAUCGUGGUGAACCUUGGUCUUGACAACACUAGUGGAUCUGGGUUUAGAUCCAGAUACCCGUUUCUUUACGGUCAUAUUGGCAUGAAACUGAAACUAGUCGGUGGAAAUUCGGCUGCUACGGUCACUUCAUUCUCCAUAAGUACAUACGUCCAGAUUGAAAUCGGCCGUUCUGACAAGGCAGUACUCAUCAUCAUUGGCAAUGAAAUGUGAAAUAGAAAUGUGUUUGUGUCUAUAGCAAGAUACAAUAUGUUCAUGUAUUGUUUUGAAGUUUUGUGAAUUUUUGAUCCUCUUCUCCACUCGGAGCAUAACACAUCUCAUCACCACAUUGUCCGGCGCGGGCUUGCAGCUUGAAUCGAUGUUUAAGAAUUGGUGUGAGUUGGACUUCUGAGUUUCUUGGAAACGUCAGUGGAGAACCAUACACCCUUCAGACGAAUGUUGUCGCUGAGGGCAAAGGUGACCGAGAGCAGCGCAUCUACCGUUCGAUCCCACCGAAGACUACCACUACUACGGCAUUUUGUGGAACCAGAAUCUGAACUUAUUUAUGGUCGAUGACGUGGUCAUCCGAGUCUUUCACAACAGCAAGGAUCUGGGAAUCCCAUACCUGGAUUACCAGCCCGUGUACGUCUUCUCCAGCAUCUACGAAGGAGGACUAUGGGCAACUCGCUGGGGUGCAGACAAGAUCGACUGGUCUGCAGCCAUUCAUCGCCUCGUACAAGGACUUAGACGUAGAUUCGUGCGCAAUUCACAGCGAAGGCAACGACAAGGAUGACUCGCACAGAUGUUACAACAAGUUGUACUGCAGCUGGUAUGGAGGUGCCGAUGCCGGAAAGCUGACGAACGAACAGAUCGACGACUUGAAGCGCAUCCAGUCCAAUUACGUCAUACACGACUACUGCACGGAUGCUCACCGCUUCCACGAGACACCUAAGGAGUGCGCUAGGAACUCGCCUCAGAGCUACCCAGCGAUUGGUGAGAUUGGGGUGUCGGAGGAAGUCUUGACGCCGCUGGACGAUUUCUCCAUCUUCAAACGAUGGUUACGGAAAAAACUGUCCAAUCGGUCGUAUGCUGUCGUGCAUCCAAUGCAAUUUUGAUGGCAGCAUAGUUUACGGACUUGAAGUUCAAGAACCUCGCGGGCGACGGGUUCGAAGUUUUGAAGAAAUAUUUUUGACACCUUUGACAAGGCCUACGAUAGUCUAAAAAUGAGUAAAUGAUUGAAAUAAAAAUUUCUUCACUCCAAAUGUUCAAGU